CACAGAGAGAGCCAUCUCCUCCUCCUCCUCCUCCUCUUCUCUCUCCGCACCACCACCACCUCUCUCUCACUUCUGACCAAGACAAUGACGGCCGUCUCCGCUGACGUAACCAAGCUCCCAAAGCGUGAGAGUACUACUAUGGAUGCUUUGCCUUUGGAUGAUAACAUUAACCAACUGUUGGAGCACUUUUACGAUGACGAUACCAUUAAGGCUCUUGAUUUCCCCAUGGAGGACAUUGAUGCCACCGACGAGGAUUGGAAGACUCAACUCCAGGGACUUGAGCCGUACUAUGAAUCGAGUUUCCAGUACCUUUCCACUUCGUAUGAAGGUACUUCGGGUGUAACUGCUAUAACCACCAGCGGCAGAAGCAGUCUCCAAAGCAACGAUUUCUUUGAUCAAAAGCACAUGCACCUGAUCCCAACCCAUAGUCCGGUGUCUGUCCUUAAAAGCCAGAGUGAAAGCCAAAGUUCUGGCUCGGCUCAACACCUGAGACCCUUGGAGCCUAAUUUCAUGAACAUCAGAGCCCCCGAACCCAGUUUCGUCAACCCGGUGAAGAAGAAGCGUACACAAUGCAGGCGUGCACGCCCUGCUAAUUUCAGUCACCGGUUCACCUUCCCAUGUGUGUCGUCCAAUUCCAGUGUCUCCGACAAUUUUUAUCGUUUUGAAACCUUUCUGACUGAGGAGAUGUUGAAUCCUGACAAGAGAAGACAGAAGAAAAAGAAUCCCUCCUUUCAGGAAACGGGUGAGAUUAGUGAAACCAAAAGAUGCGUGGAACCAGGCGAGAAUCGAGAGACUAAAAGAUGUACGCACUGUGCGGUUACGAAGACCCCACAGUGGAGGGAAGGGCCACUGGGGCCUAAGACCCUCUGCAAUGCAUGUGGAGUUCGUUACAGGUCUGGCCGCCUCUUUCCCGAGUACCGCCCUGCAGCAAGCCCUACGUUCGUUCCAGCAGUGCAUUCAAACUCCCACAAGAAGGUUAUAGAGUUGAGAAACAAGGGUUGCCAAGCGAGCUAGUGUGAAUAUUUUUGAUCAUCAGCCCAGUAGGAUCUUGUAGGGUUAGUUUUUUUUUUUGUUUCUUGUUUGAAAAUUAGAAGUCUUCUUAGCUUAGACACCUUGGAGACCUCUCUUGUCUCUGUUCUUUUAAUUCCAUUCUAUU